AUGGCCACAGCGGCGUCCAGCCCCUACACCCUGCUCAGCUCCAGCCCCAUGCUGCACGCGGACAGCCAGGCCAUGCAGCCCGCGAGCCCCUACAGAAGCCACCACAAACUGCUGCAGAGCGACUACGGGCACGCGCUGGGUCACCAGUGGGAGGGCAGCCCCUGGUCCGGCUCCAUGGAGCAGCAGGACGUGAAGCCGGGCAUCAUCCACCACCACUCCCCCCAUCACAACAACCACCCGGGCGCGUGGGGCAGCCCCGUGUCCCAUAGCAACAUGUCCUACUCCCAAACGGGCUUCUCCGUGAACGGCAUCAUGGAGCCCGGUGCCACCCAGAGCCAGGGCAUGCACGCGGGCCUCAGGGACACCCUCAGCCCGGAGCACGGGGACCUGGGCCCGCACCACUGCCACGACCACUCGGACGAGGAGACGCCCACCUCGGACGAGUUGGAGCACUUUGCCAAACAGUUCAAGCAGCGUCGGAUCAAACUGGGCUUCACGCAGGCGGACGUGGGGCUCGCGCUCGGGACACUGUACGGUAACGUGUUUUCUCAGACCACCAUCUGCAGGUUCGAGGCGCUGCAGCUGAGCUUUAAAAACAUGUGCAAACUCAAGCCGCUGCUCAAUAAGUGGCUGGAGGAGGCCGACUCCUCCACGGGCAGCGCCAGCAGCAUAGACAAGAUCGCAGCUCAGGGUCGGAAGAGGAAGAAGCGCACGUCCAUAGAGGUGAGCGUUAAGGGGGUCCUGGAGACGCACUUCCUCAAGUGCCCCAAACCGUCCGCGCACGAGAUCACGUCGCUCGCGGACUCGCUGCAGCUCGAGAAGGAGGUGGUGCGCGUGUGGUUCUGUAACCGGCGGCAGAAGGAGAAGCGCAUGACGCCCCCGGGAGAACCGCCACCGCCGCACGAGGGACCCUACUCUCACGGCGACGCCUCAUGCCACGACCUCUGA